UGAGGAGCGAUCACACACAUUUUUACUGACUCUCAAACACACACUCAAACACAAGUGGUUUAUUGUACACACACAUGUAAACAUAGACCAGUCCAUCACACACAUACACACACUUUGGGCUAACCACUUCAGGAUCCAUCCCUCAGGACUUCAUUUCCCAUCAUGCAACGGAGGAGCCUCUCGGAGCUCCAGGGAGGCUCGACCCCACGGACUACCCAGGAUGGAGCCUCCUCAUGGAGGUCCAACCUGAGGAUGGAAUCCUUUGGUUUCUGGCCGAAGAGAGAGGCUCCUCUCUGGGUGUGGAUGCUACUGGGGGCCCUGCUGGUUCCUGGAGCUUGGAGCUCCCUGAGUGAAGAAAAUGAGGAGCUGCUGGUGGAGCUUCAUAACCGCUACAGAGGACUGGUUUCUCCCAGUGCCUCGGCCAUGAUGCCUCUGAAAUGGGACUCAACUCUGAAGGUGAUUGCAGAGGCUUAUGCCGCUAAAUGUAUCUGGAACCACAACCCAGACCUGAGAGAUGUUGGAGAGAAUCUGUUUGUUGGCAACGGGCCGCUGGACCUCGCAGAGGCUCUGGAGAAAUGGUUCCUGGAAAACCUGGACUACAGCUACCAAAACAACACCUGUGAUGAAGAUAAGAUGUGUGGACACUACACACAGAUGGUGUGGGCAGACACACACAGAGUUGGCUGUGCCAUCCAUCACUGUAACACCAUGGACGGACUGGACUGGGAGAGAACCAACUUCCUCGUCUGUAACUACUACCCAGCGGGUAACUUUGAGAACGAGCAGCCGUAUGUAGAAGGUGACUGGUGCUCCCAGUGUCCUGAAAACCUCCAGAAAUGUGAAAACAACCUCUGCGUUCCCGACACUGAAGAUGAAGAAGUGACAGAUGAACUUUCCUCACAGCCUCCAGAAAUCCUUCCUACUAAAUGGACCGACUCCCCAGACCAGCUGGCCACCACUGCCAAUAUUUUCAGUAUCCUAUCCACCCUCGUUACAAGAGACUUUGAGGGCACCCCACCUCCAGAAACCACUGCUGAGGCUGCGGACUCCCUUAGAACCCCUUCAGCAACACCGGAACAAGAAGAGGAGGCUGAAGAAAACAAUGAGAACCAGGAGAAGGAGAAGAAGAGAGAAGAAAGUACAAAGAGGAAGGAUGAGAUAUGGGUGGGAUUAGAGCCCAAACGAAUACCUAUACCAUCUGCUGGGUCAAUACUCACACCUUCAGUCCUGUUAGCCUCUCUGACUGGAAUCCUGACGCUGUGAGGAGAAAGAGGAGAGGUGAAAGAAGAGGAGAACAGAGGAGACAAUGACUUCUCCUCACCUCUGCUGUCUUACAUCGACUGCACACUGUUAACCCACCCGGCAGUAACAAACAUCUCUUCUGUAGAAAAAAAUAGGUCAAAUAAUGAUUCUCUCUCAUUAGUAAACAGCAGCUGUUUUCACAUCUGCAUGGAGUCUAGGCUGAGGUCUGGCUGAAAUAAUGUCAGCAUAACCUGCUUCAGUCCACCUGGAACACUACCUGACAUAGAGCUAAAAGCACCGUUUUCACAGGAAACAAGUUCACAUUGUGUGUUGAGGAUUUUUAAGUACUAACUAGAAAAAUGGGACAAAACUAAUGUGUUAUUCCUAAAUUUAAACCUUUUCUAAAGCAACCUUUCAAUUAUCAUCUUGAUCUCUUUGAGUAUUAAGAUCAGUUUGUGGAGCUAUAUCAGAAUGUGGUUAGCAUUAGCCUAGCAUAAAGACUGGAAACACAAAUUUCAGAGACAUAACUACAUUUAUGAUCACUCAUUUCUAAUAUUUGUAGCUGACAAGUUCCCAAUAAACCUGCCAGCUGCACGGUUCUGAUGCAGAUCUUGUUUUGUGUAAUGGAACAACUACAUUCUUGGAAAAACAACGUAAGAAUUGGAAUACACAAGAAGCACUCUCAGCUUCAGCUGUGUCUUCACAUGCUAACACCCUCAAAGGCUGAAAAGGUCACAUCGGUUAUUUGUUGGCGCCCUCUGACAACAGCAAUCCAUCUGCAUCCUGUCUCUUGUCUGAGAUCUCUCCAGUAAAUGUCAGUCUGAUCUUGAUUCUCUUCUCAUCUCUUGCUUUCACACUUUCUCUAUCUUCGAUAAUGUCCUCUUGGGUUUCUUUGCUGAGUCGGCCAUAGCGGUGGCAUAUGAUGUGAGGCAGUAAAGCAGAACACUGCUGUCACAUGAUGCUCCAGGCUGGAAGAAAAAUAGUGAAACGUGGUUUCUCUGCUUCAGGAUGCUGCAGGGCAGCAAUGGCUGGUUAUGUUCUGUUGCUUUAAGAAAACACUGUGUUACUUUCUGACUAUAAAAUAUGUGUUUCUCACUCAUUUGGUGACACAGUGACAUUUAUUAUGUACAUUCCUGGAGAGGUUGUUCCCUGCAGCAUCCCGAAGCUGAGAAACCACACUUUUAGCUUCAGGAGGCUGUGUCACCUUACAGCUGAGUUCUAUGUACCGUGUCACACUGGAUAUAAACACACUGGCCAUUUAGAACACACACCAUGAUUCAUUAAAGAAAUGUGAAAAUGGAUUAACCGUCUAUGGGAGGCGCGUCGCUGAGAAAAUCUGCCAGGGGUCAGUAGUGUGCCUUUAAAGCUGGCUCACGCUCUGAAUCACUGCAUCUCACUGCGUCUUUUUCUUCCACAGUGACACAGAUUGGGGCAGAAAGUCAAUCAGCUGAUGGAACAGACAUCAGUUUGAUUUUUGUUAAAUGAUUUUCUCAGCAUGUAGUUGACCAUUCAGCCAUGUUUGGAUAGAAAUGAAGCAAUAAACAUCAGAGGAAUAGCCUAGCUUUUCCCCACCUCCAGUCUUUGUGCUAAGCUAGGCUUGUAUUGUAUCAUAUCAUACUUACAACUAUUUAAACAUGUCUCACCUACUUCAGCUCAAAUUAAAGCACACUGUGAUCAAAAUAACUGCCCAUUUUAACCAAGUGUGUUUAAAUGGAUCAUUUCAGAGAUGCUGCCACAGUCUGACUACAUUUAGUGAAAUUCUUUUUAAAGACUAAUUAAUCUAUUUUACCAGGUGGAAAGUUCAUCAGGGGAUUGAAAGGUGUUAUGGUGGGGGUGUGCACACUAUUGUCAGCGAGAGGAUUCUUAGUUCAGCUCAUGUUCUUCUCCAGUACUUUCUGUGUAAUUAUGAUUUUCACUUUCAUGGGUGAAGGUUUUGUAACUUCGACAGAAAGCGACACCUGGAAAAAACUGUCAUCUGACUUCAGGAUUUUUCAUGUUUUCACUGCUGACCGAGUGGAAACAGCAGAAUAAUUCAGCAUCUCAGAUCUUAUGUUGGACUUUUGUGUCUGCAGGGUGAGGAUGGUCGCAGUUCUUUCUCCAGUAAAAUUAUUCUGAUAUACAUGAUCAUCAAAUGUGGGAAAACUGCUAAAUGGGCACCAUUUUUAUUGUGAUUUUUGUGUUUAAAACAUUUGAAAUGUAGGAGAAAUAUUUGCUGAAGAAUCUUUGUUGUGUUUGAACUGACGACCCUACUCUUCUUUCUAUUGUACACGUUAUUAUAUGUGAGACUGGACCUACAACUGGACAUCAUCUCAUCAUUUACUCAUCUCUGCUACACCAUCAACUGGAAAUGACCACAAUUAUCUUGGAUAACUUUUAGCAAAGAUGAUGUAAAUGUCUGUAAUAUAAGAUUAAUAAAGACAUAAACU